AUGAACUCGACGUUCACCAAUAGAACGUCUAACCGUAUAUACAGAUUCCUCGCCCAGUCGUUUGUGACCUCGGGCUUCUCAGACGAGCCUAUCUUCAAUCAUCCAGGACAUCCGGACCACACCAGUUCAGUCCACGGAGAUACCGAGAUUCCUAACUCAUUGGAAAAGGAUUCUGAAGGAGGAAGUAUUUUCGAGAAUCUACUCCACCAGUUUGACUUGGUCGACGAUGGGAUCGACCCGGCAUUUAGCUUUUCGGCAACAAGCUCACUCGACUCCUACCAAAUGAGCGAAUUUGAUGCAGCAGGACAAGAAAUACCGAUUCAAAACACGAGUGCAUCACUUUCAUUCCCUGACAGCUUUGAUUUAAGCACCCAAGCCUUCCUCGACGGUACCAAUCCCGAAGCGUUGUCGCUGAGUCCUAUGGACCGGUGGAGGAAUUCACCACCGGAGAUGGAAGCUGCGCAUUUGACCGACAUCAUGAAUUCCGUCGCUCAAAGCAAUAACACCGAGUCUCCAUCUUUACAAAGAUUGGCCAGUAAUGCCUCGAUUUCCCAACGACGCAAGCAGCGCCAUCGACCGCCAACACCAUCCAUCGCUGCCUCCGAGUCAAGUGCUUCUAGCAGCUCCGCCUCUUCUGUCCACAGCUUUGGAUCAAAUCACUCAGGAUCAUUUGGAAAGUUCUAUGUGGGCAAAUCAACACGUCGGCGACGCCGGAACCCGCGAAAGAAUUCCCCGACAUCGCAAAUCUGGGCCAAAAAGCAACCUCAGCAACGGCCGUUUCAAUGUACCUUCUGUACGGACACAUUCAAAUCCAAACAUGACUGGACGAGACAUGAGAAGACCCUCCAUUUAUCAUUGGAAAGCUGGGUCUGCGCCCCUUUCGGACCGAUAUACCAAGAUGAAAUCUCUCAUCUGGACCGCUGCGUGUUUUGCGAUAUCGAGUCGCCAUCCGAGGAGCACAUCCAGGGACAUCGGUAUAAGGAGUGUCAGGACAAGCCAGUAGCUCUUCGGACUUUCUAUCGAAAAGACCACCUCUCUCAGCAUCUGCGCCUAGUGCAUAGCUCGGAAAACGCCGUGGCCGGCAUCGCAAAAUGGAAAUCAGAAGUCACGCACAUCAAUUCAAGGUGUGGCUUUUGCUCACAAACAUUUACCCUCUGGUCCGACCGAAAUGACCAUCUUGCAGCACAUUUUCGACAAGGCACCCUUAUCAAAGAAUGGAAAGGCUGUAGAGGACUCGAUCCGGCAGUGGCACUCGCUGUUGACAAUGCCAUGCCCCCGUACCUGAUCGGUAUCGAAUCCACAGGUAUCGAUCCGUUUAGCGCCAGUCGUCGGAAAGGCACAUGUAGGAAUGUAUCAGAAAUCCAAUCCGUUGAAAGUGCAGUCGCAACCGCGGAGGAUAUACGACCGACCCCGUUUGAGCAAUUGACGGAGCAUUUGAUCCGAUUUGUUCGAGAAAAGCAGGAGUUCGGGAUCCCCAUCACAGAUGAGGCAAUACAGCAAGAAGCGCGAGUCUUCGUUUACGGUGAGGAUGAUCCGUGGAAUCAAACUGCAGCAGAUAGUCCGGACUGGCUGAGCUUCUUCAAGGAUGGGAUGGGCCUAGGCUCUGCAUGCGUUAUGAAUGUGGAUGCUGCCCACCAUCCCAACCCGAUCUUUCACCUUCCGUGGGACAUCAAUACAGGCGAAUGGAGAGAUGCCGAGGAAUUAGGCAGUGGCUGUGGUUUGAAUUCCAUCGUCUCUGCUGAGUCCUGGAAGCCUUGGGGCUGGCAGAGCCCGGAGUGUUUGGCGGAGUUCCGCAGAUUCAAUCGUGACUCAGGUGCAUGUCCCAACACGUCGAAAAAUACGGCAUGUUUGUUUGCACAGCCAUCAGAGGCACAUACGAGUACAGGAUUAUAA